CCCGCGUCUCCCCCGCGGCGCCCUGCGCCCUGACAGACGCGCGGCGGCGGCGGUGGCAGCGACCACCCUCGGGCCCGGCGGCGGCGGGGGAGGGGUGCGGGCGCACCGAUGGGCGCCACUGAGAAAGCAGGCAAGAAGAGCCGGAGGCUGUUUUCCUCGCUGCGGCCCUGGAAGGCCACGCGGCGGCUGUGGAGGACGCGCUCGACUAGCAAGGCGGCUCAGGGUGCCUCUUCUCCAGACAUGGAGCCCAGCUAUGGGGGAGGUCUUUUUGACAUGGUAAAAGGAGGCGCAGGGAGACUGUUUAGUAACCUCAAGGACAACCUGAAGGACACCCUCAAGGACACCUCUUCUAGAGUGAUACAGUCUGUCACCAGCUACACAAAGGGGGAUUUAGACUUCACUUAUGUUACCUCCAGAAUUAUUGUGAUGUCUUUUCCUCUGGACAGUGUUGACAUAGGAUUCAGGAAUCAAGUGGAUGACAUUCGAAGCUUUUUAGACUCUAGACAUCUUGACCACUACACAGUCUACAAUCUGUCACCUAAGUCUUAUCGAACUGCCAAGUUUCACAGCCGGGUCUCAGAAUGCAGUUGGCCCAUUAGGCAGGCCCCCAGUCUGCAUAACCUCUUUGCUGUAUGUCGGAACAUGUACAACUGGCUGCUACAGAAUCCCAAAAACGUCUGUGUGGUUCACUGCUUGGAUGGACGGGCAGCCUCGUCAAUUCUGGUUGGUGCUAUGUUCAUUUUCUGUAAUCUCUACUCUACUCCUGGCCCGGCUGUUCGGUUGUUGUAUGCAAAGAGACCGGGGAUUGGACUUUCACCAUCCCAUAGGAGAUACCUGGGCUAUAUGUGUGACCUACUAGCAGACAAACCCUACCGCCCUCACUUCAAGCCUCUCACAAUUAAGUCAAUUACUGUCAGUCCAAUUCCAUUCUUUAACAAGCAGAGAAAUGGGUGUCGUCCUUACUGCGAUGUGCUGAUUGGAGAAACCAAAAUAUAUUCCACCUGCACAGAUUUUGAACGAAUGAAAGAAUAUCGCGUUCAAGAUGGAAAAAUCUUCAUUCCCUUGAACAUCACUGCUCAAGGAGAUGUGAUCGUUUCCAUGUAUCACUUGAGAUCAACCAUUGGGAGCCGGCUUCAGGCAAAGGUGACCAACACUCAGAUAUUCCAGCUUCAGUUUCAUAGUGGAUUCAUACCACUGGACACAACAGUUUUAAAAUUCACCAAGCCUGAGUUAGAUGCAUGUGAUGUACCAGAAAAAUAUCCUCAGCUGUUUCAGGUGACGCUGGAUAUAGAAGUGCAGCCUAAUGACAAAGUGAUAGACUUAACCCCACCAUGGGAGCAUUACUGCACUAAAGAUGUCAACCCCAGCAUCCUCUUCUCUUCUCACCAGGAGCAUCAGGAUACCCUGGCCUUGGGAGGACAGGCACCAAUAGAUAUUCCUCCAGACAACCCCAGGCAUUUUGGGCAAGGUGGCUUUUUUGCCUCUCUCUGUUGGCAAGAUCAGAAAUCGGAGAAGUCAUUCUGUGAGGAGGACCACGCUGCUCUAGUGAAUCAGGAAAGUGAGCAGUCAGAUGAUGAACUUCUGACCCUCUCCAGUCCUCAUGGUAAUGCCAAUGGUGACAAGCAUCAUGGAGCCAAGAAGCCCAGCAAAAAGCAGCAGGAGCCAGCUGCCCCUGCACCUCCAGAGGAAGUGGACCUGCUGGGCCUCGAAGGGACUGAAGUGGAUAAGAACUUCUCUCCACCAGUGGCUCCUCCCACCAACUCGGAACUGCUGAGUGAUCUUUUUGGGGGCAGUGGUGCAGCUGGGCAGGCAGGGGUGGAAGAUGUGUUUCACCCUAGUGGACCUGGUUCCACCCAGUCAACACCACGCCGUUCCGCCACCUCUGCCUCUGCAUCUCCAACCUUAAGAAUGGGAGAAGGUGUCACCUUUGACCCAUUUGGGGCACCUUCUAAACCAUCAGGUCAAGAUUUGCUGAGUUCUUUCCUGAACACAUCCAAUGCUUCCAGUGAUCCAUUUCUUCAGCCUACCAGGAGCCCUUCACCUACAGUGCACACUUCUAGUACACCUGCUGUGAACAUUCAACCAGAUACUUCUGGAGGUUGGGACUGGCAUGCAAAACCAGGAGGAUUUGGAAUGGGAAGUAAAUCAGCUGCCACUAGCCCAACGGGAUCCUCGCACGGCACUCCUACCCAUCAAAACAAACCCCAGACUUUGGAUCCUUUUGCUGACCUUGGGACUCUAGGUAGUUCUACAUUCGCCAGCAAACCUACCACUCCAACUGGCUUAGGUGGAGGAUUUCCACCUCUGAGUUCACCACAAAAAGCAUCUCCCCAGCCAAUGGGUGGAGGGUGGCAGCAGGCAGGUGGCUACAGCUGGCAGCAGUCACAGUCCAAACCACAGUCCGGCAUGCCCCACUCCUCGCCCCAGAAUCGACCAAACUACAAUGUGAGCUUCUCAGCCAUGCCUGGAGGCCCGAAUGAACGUGGAAAAGGAUCUGCUAACUUGGAAGGAAAGCAAAAAGCAGCUGAUUUUGAAGACCUGCUCUCUAGUCAAGGUUUCAAUGCUCACAAAGACAAAAAGGGGCCUCGAACAAUAGCAGAGAUGAGGAAGGAAGAAAUGGCUAAGGAGAUGGACCCUGAAAAAUUGAAGAUUCUGGAAUGGAUUGAAGGCAAAGAGAGAAAUAUCAGAGCCCUUCUCUCCACGAUGCACACUGUGCUAUGGGCUGGGGAGACCAAGUGGAAACCUGUGGGCAUGGCAGACCUGGUAACGCCGGAGCAGGUGAAGAAGGUAUACAGGAAGGCUGUGCUGGUGGUGCACCCAGAUAAAGCUACUGGGCAACCCUAUGAACAAUAUGCAAAGAUGAUUUUCAUGGAGCUGAAUGAUGCCUGGUCUGAAUUUGAAAACCAAGGCCAAAAGCCUUUGUAUUAACUUAGGAGCUUUCGUAUCUCUGCUGCAGACCUGUGCUAAUGCUUAGUGUGUAUCACAGUUCCAAGGUUUUCACAGAUGAACCAAAAACUCCAGUAACUUGUUUCCAGUACUAGGCUUUUAAGUUACUCAUGAAUUAAUUUCUCAUUGAUAAGGAGUGUAGAUGCUUGGUUUCUGGAAGUCCUAACCAGCACAUAUUUAGAGCAGGAGAGAACUUUCAGUCAGAGGACCUCACUGAGUUCUCACAUUCCAGCCUGCUCUUUGGGGAACCUAUUCAGUAUUUUGCAUGAGGGAAAAUGGAAAAUAGAGGCCACCAGAGAUGGAGGCUUAAUGCCCAGCUCCUUGUCUGGAAAUAUGAGCAGAAAUUACGAGAAUAGGAGUACAUCAUGGUUUUAAAUAAUGGUUUUUAGAUUUUUUUUUAAAGAUAGAAUUUCAACAAUGGCUUUACAGACUCCAGUAACACAACUAUCACAUUUUUUAAUAUAUAAAAAGGAAAUGUAUUAUGACUUUUAGCAUAAUAUGGGAUAUACUUUUGGGUAAAAAGGCCUAACAAAAAUAAAAGAACAUGAAUUGUUGAAAGUAAUUAUACUACAGAGCCAAUGAGCACCACCAAAUCUGCCUGGAUAAGUUCAAAAAACUCGUGAAGAAAGCUGGGCAUCUGAAGACGCAGAAAUCUGUGUUCCUGGGUGCAAUUUUGGGCUGCUACUUUUCUUUCCCUUUAAAAACUGUGGUUGAGUAAAGCAAGUCUUAAUUCCAUAACAUUUCUAGACCUGACUUGAAAGAAACUUCUGAUUUUGCCAUAAGACUUAACACUAUUCCUUUUGCUUGGGAAAAAAGAACCUUCUUAUCUAGAAAGAGCUUGUAAAGCAGUUGGGCCCAUUCAGUUUUCCAGGACCAAUAUCUAGUUUGAGCUCUGUGUUCCCUAGGUUUCGGAGUGCUUGUAGAUGGAGACUAGGAGACAACACCUACAGUCCUAGUCACAAGAAAGGGAUGGUAGCAGUGAGAGCUGGCACAUCCACAGCUGAGCCAGGUGGCUUGUCAGUAUUUGGACAAAUCAAGUGACCUUCACUCCAUCUGAAGCAUAUGGAUCCUGUGGAUUACUACGUGGGGUUUGCUACUUAAAAAGUUGUGGGGGGCCCACAGCAAUCAUUCACAUGGGAACCUUUGUGAAAGCCAAGCAAGAGUGAAAUCUUUUCAGACCCUAAACUAGCUGGAUUUCAGCUCAGUGUGGUGGUUGCUUUUCAUUGUAAGAGGUAUGCAAUUUGCUCUCCUGUGGCUUCAACAGA